AGCGGCUGCCGUUUGUGCCUGAGCAAGUUUACGUCAAAGAAGGGUGAUGCGUAGUGCGUGUACGUGGUUUACAACGUGAAGGGUAUACAGUAUGGAUGAAGGCAACAGAACUGAUGUGGAUGGAGAAGAUCCCAUUCCUCCCAUUAUAGAAGAGGAAACUGAAGUGGACUCUCCCAGCAGUGCAUCUAAAGGAGACACAGAUCAACCUAUAAAUCCUCCACUGAUCUCUAUUAACAAAGAUGCAGAGACCAAGGGUCAGAGACGUCGAGGGGCAGCAAAGAGGCCAAGCUUGGCACCAGGAUCAGCCAAUACUGUGUCCUCUCCUACUGCACCAAUUCCACCAGCAGGAAAAAAGAACAAUGUACUUUCUAAUGAAGCCAGAAAGGAAAUGGCAAAACUAGCUAAAGUUACAAAAGAUGAGAGAAGAGCUCAGUUGGAUGCAAGACAUAAGUAUUUGGUCUCCAAACUGGCUGAUGGAUUAAGAAUUGGUGAAAAUGAAGUUGAAGACUUUCUUAUUUCUGAUGACAAGUUUAGUUUGAUAGCUGAUUUUUUUGCUGCUAAUGGAUCAAAAAAACUUAUCUUUUUUUACCAAGAGGUUUCUCAGCCGAGUAAGACAACUAUUCCGAUGUGGGCGGAAGGAGCAAAUCUGAACGCCUCUUAUACAAAUGUACAGAAGAAGCUUUUUAUCACCACGGGCUCCAAUGAGGGGUUAACAGGGACAUGCCUGUUCUUUUUGCGCACCACAGAUAAAGCAAUUACUACAGCCAACGUUAUUCAGGAGGUGAACUUUAGCAUGUUUGAAUGCACAAAUGGCAACAUUCUCCAAGGCCUGGAAAUCUUACUUGCCCAAGUGUUGGUGCCAGCACUGAAGUGUCAGGAGAAUUGGGGGGCUGUGAAGGAUGGUCUCCAAAAUUCUCAAAUUCAAGAGUUCUUAGACUCUUUGGACAAGUUUGUUGCAACUUUGUCUUCAGCAAAAAAUAAUUUGGAUGGAAAAAUUGAGCUUAAAAAAGUGGACAGUGGCAAUUUGCUGGAUAGCCUGCAAAGCCCAUCAGACUUUAUAGCUGCAGGAGGUAACAGUGAGGUGAUUGAGAAGCUGGAGGGAAUGCUCUCUGUUUGGAUCAAGCAGAUUGAACAGGUUCUUGCAGAAAGUGAGCAGAUGAGAAAAGAAGCUGAUGACAUUGGACCCUCUGCUGAACUGGAACAUUGGAAGUCACGGAUGUCAUCCUUCAACAGUCUGUUAGAUGAGAUUAAAAGCCCUAAAGUCAAGAAGGUUCUCAGCAUCCUCCAAGCUGCCAAGUCCAGGAUGUUAAAGCAAUGGAAAGAACUGGACUGCAAUGUGACAAAUGCUGCUAAUGAAGCAAAGGACAAUGUGAAAUACUUGUACACACUAGACAGGUUCUUUGGACCAUUGGGCAAGGCCUCUCCAGCUACAAUGGUAGAACACAUUCCAAGUCUGAUGAACAGCAUCCGUAUGAUCUACAGUACAUCCCAGUAUUAUAAUACUUCAGAGCAUAUGACGUCCCUCUUCCUAAAAGUCACCAACCAAAUUGUGACCACAUGCAAGAAUUAUCUGAACCAGGGGGUUGUUAAGAUCUGGGAUCUUGACAGGGAAGAGCUUCUGAAGAGGAUCCGUGAAUGUGUGUACCUGAAUGAACAGUAUCAAGCUUCUUUCCACAAGGUGAAGGAGAAACUAAAGGAAACUCCAAAUGAGAGACAGUUCGAAUUCAGUGAAAACUAUAUAUUUGGGAAACUGGACACAUUCUGUAAGCGCCUUGAAAAGAUAUCAGAUAUGAGCAAUGUUUUGGAAAGUCUGGCUGAUCUUCAGAACAUAAGAAUUGAAGGGAUUGAAAAGAUCAAUAUUCGAUAUCAGACAAUUGUCGCUAACACUAAGUCCAAGACCUAUGAUGUUCUUGAUCAUCGGAAACAAGAAUUUGAUAAGGAUUAUGUGGAAUUCAAGAAUCAGAUAGAAGGUCUUUACCAAUCUCUUCAGGGAUUUGUGGAUUCCUGGUUUGAAAAGCCAUUGACUACUGAGCAAAUGGUGAAUCUGUUGGUGAAAUUUGAAAGAAUUGGAAACGACCACCUUGACUUUGGGGAAAAAUAUAUGAUAGUCAUACAGAGAUACAGCCGUGACUUGGAUAUGGUCCGGAAACUGUACCAGAAGCAUAAAGAUAGUCCUCCAACACCCCGAAAUGUUCCCCCGAUAACAGGGAAAAUCAUGUGGGCUCGGCAGCUCUACCGAAAAAUUGACCAGCCAAUGAGAUUUCUCAAAACAAAAUCGGAGCUUUUACAGGGAAUUGAAAUGAAAAAAAUUAUCCGGAGCUACAACAAAAUGGCUGCUGUCCUAAUGGAGUUUGAGCUGCUUUAUUACAGAGGAUGGUGCAAAUGUGUGGAAGUGGCCAAAACUGGACUGUAUGCAUCUUUGUUGGUUAGACACCCUGACACAAAGGAACUGUAUGUUAACCUGGAUCCUAUAGUUCUGGAAGUUCUAUAUGAAACUAAAUAUCUUCAUAAGAUGGGCUUUGAAAUCCCAGAUGCCAUACACAGCAUUGCCACUAGAGAGCAGCAGAUUAAAAUGCAACAAAUAAAGCUUGAAGAUAUGCUGAUGGACUAUCAGUCUUUUACUAACAGAAUUCCAACUCUGCUCAAACCACUUAUGACACCUUUUAUCAGCCAGAUUGAAGAGGUUAUAUCACCAGGCCUUACCCAGCUUUCUUGGACCUCCCUGAAUAUUGAAAAAUACAUUACUAGUGUCUACAGUUCUCUAAGAGAGAUGGAACAGAUCUGUAAGGAAGCCUCUGACAUUCUGGAUUGCCGAAUUGAGAAGUUACUUCUGGACAUUUCUGACACACUGCUGGUGGACUUACCUGAAGAUGAUACAAUCAGCGUUCCAGUUUUCUUGGAAAGAACGGAAAAGGUCAUUGCUGCAGCUGCAGAGACAUUGUCCAUGCAAAGCAAACAAGUGGAGCUUUGCUUGUAUGAAAUGAUUGAUGCCCUUAAAAACAAAUUGAAACCAUCAGACAGAGACAGUCUACAGGCUUCAUUCGCCUGUUUGCACCUAGAUGCUAAGCAGAAAACUCGCUGUCAAGAAUGUCUACCUUGUAGUUACUAUAAUAUGAUGGGUCAUUUGUGUCAGAAAAAUACAGAUUCUCUUGUAAAAUGUACAAAAGUGUCUUUAGAUACCCUGAAACGUCGCUUACACACUGUCAGCUCCAAAUACCAGACAUCAAGGCCUGCAAAAGACCAAACCACCAAUCCAUUAUUCAAGGCUGAGAUUCACCUUGCCAUCCCGAAUGUUGUCAUGCGGCCUAGCCUGGAAGAUAUUCAAAGUGCUGUGAACAAAGCCAUAAAUAUCAUAUUGUCAGCAGCCAAGGACAUUCCUCUGUGGAAUUUUGCACAUCUACAUCACAAACAGCAACAGUUGGAGCAAAAUGCUGCCCGAGAUCUCGGUGAUGAACUUACCAAGAUGGUGGUGCUGAAACCUUUGGAUAAGCAAAUUGCUGAACACAAAGAUGUCAGCAAAGUUGUAUCCAACCUCAGCUCUAUUGUCCUGUUACUUAAGACGGAUGCAACUGAUGUUCUGAACAGUUUUACCACAUUUUCUGGGAUAUGGAAUCAGGAUGUUGAUGAAAAGGUGAAAGAAUUCCUGGAUACCAACCCUGUAAUGUCUGAAUUCCGAACUCAGUUGAAUUACUAUUCCCAACUGGAAACCCAGAUUGAUGAACUUCCAGGCCAUUGCAUUGUAGGAUCUGUGGACUUUUCCACUGAUUGUCUGAAAAUGGCGUUAGUUCAAGAGUGCCGCAGGUGGAAGAGAGCAAUUGGCUCAGCUUUGAAUAAGAAGGCUGCUAUGGACAUGGAUGAAAUCUACUCAUUUAUUGAUAAUCUCAAUAAGAGAUUGAACAGACCAAUUAAUGACCUUGAUGAUGUUCGUGGCGCAAUGGAUGCCUUAAAGGAAAUCAGGGAGUCAGAAAUUAAAAUUGACAUGAUGAUUGGACCAAUUGAGGAGUCCCAUAGUCUUCUGGUGAAAUAUGAUCUUCUGUUCCAAGAUGGCAAUGCUGAGCGAGUAGAUGGCUUAGCAUAUGCUUGGAAGAACUUGAAUACACAGGUUUUACAAACCCAGAAUUUACUUAUUAAAGUGCAACCAGAGAUGAAAACAGAUUUACUGGACGGUGUCAAGAAAUUCCAGGUUGAUGCCGCAAAAUUCUAUAAAGACUAUGAUUUUACUGGUCCUGGAGUAGAAGGGAUACCUCCCAGGGAAGCUAGUGACAGAUUGCAAGUGUUUCAGGCUAAAUUUGAUGAAUUAUGGAGGAAAUAUAUUACUUUCUCUGGAGGAGAAGAGCUCUUUGGUCUCCAAAUAACAGAAUAUGCUGAGCUGCAGAGGAUCAAACGUGAGCUAUCUUUGCAGCAGAAACUAUAUGGUCUUUACAAUGCAGUUAUAGAAAAUAUUACUGGAUAUUAUGACAUAUUGUGGACUGACCUGGAUAUUGAAAAAAUCAACAGUGAGCUUCUAGACUUCCAAAAUAGAAUUCGCAAGCUGCCAAAAGCAUUGAAGGAAUGGCAAGCAUUUAAUGACUUGAAGACCAGUAUUGAUGACUUCAGUGAGAGCUGCCCUCUUCUUGAAAUGAUGGCAAACAAAGCAAUGAUGAAGAGACACUGGGACAGAAUAUCACAACUUACUGGCCACACUUUUGAUGUGGAGUCAGAAAGCUUUUCCCUGAGAAAUAUAAUGGAAGCAGCAUUGCUAAAAUACAAAGAGGAUAUUGAGGACAUAUGUAUCAGUGCCGUCAAAGAGAAAGAUAUUGAAGCAAAGCUGAAAAAUGUAAUCAAUGAAUGGAGUGCCCAUGUGUUUACUUUCGCCCAGUUCAAGUCCAGAGGAGAACUUCUACUGAAGGGGUCCGACACCUCUGAGAAAAUUGCACUAAUGGAAGACAGUCUUAUGGUGUUAGGUUCUAUAAUGAGUAACAGGUAUAAUGCCCCAUUUAAACCAACCAUACAGCAAUGGGUGCAAAAAUUAUCCAAUACCACAGAAAUCAUUGAGAACUGGCUCAAUGUACAGAACCUUUGGAUUUACCUGGAAGCUGUGUUUGUAGGUGGUGAUAUAGCAAAACAACUUCCACAGGAAGCCAAGAGGUUCCAGAACAUUGAUAAAUCUUGGCAGAAGAUCAUGCAGAGGGCUCAUGAGACCCCCAACAUAGUUCAGUGCUGUGUUGGUGAUGAAACAUUGGCACAAUUGUUACCACAUUUAUUGGAACAGCUGGAGAUGUGUCAGAAAUCCCUUACUGGAUACCUGGAAAAGAAACGCUUAGUAUUCCCACGGUUUUUCUUUGUUUCUGAUCCUGCCCUUCUGGAGAUACUUGGACAAGCAUCGGAUUCACAUACUAUUCAGGCUCAUCUUCUGAGUUUGUUUGACAAUGUCAACAGAGUUGGUUUUCAUGAGAAGAACUAUGAUCAGAUUUUGUAUUUUGAAUCCCAAGAAGGAGAAAGAGUAAACUUGAUUGAACCUGUGAAUGCUCAGGGAAAUGUGGAGACGUGGCUUGGGCUUCUCCUGAAUGGAGUAAAGAAGACGCUGCACACUAUAAUCAGACAAUCAUCUAUAGCCAUCAGUGACUCUGGCUUCAAGCUGUAUGACUUCCAGGCCAUGUACCCAGCACAGAUUGGUCUUCUUGGAAUUCAGAUGAUCUGGACAAGGGAUGCGGAAGACGCCUUAAAUAUUUCUAAGACUGAUAAAAAGGUUAUGCAGACAACAAAUCAGAAAUUCCUUGAUCUCCUGAAUGAUUUGAUUGACAUGACCACAAAGGAUUUGACCAAGAUGGAGAGAACCAAGUAUGAGACUCUGAUCACCAUUCAUGUUCACCAGAAGGAUAUCUUUGAUGACUUGGUCCGCAUGAACAUUAGGUCUGCUUCAGACUUUGAGUGGCAAAAACAAUCUAGAUUUUAUUUCAUUGAAGAUAUAGACAAAUGUAUAAUCCAGAUUACAGAUGUUGAAUUCAGCUAUUGCAAUGAAUACUUGGGCUGCACAGACAGGCUGGUCAUCACCCCUCUCACUGACAGAUGCUACAUUACCCUCUCUCAAGCUCUGGGGAUGAGCAUGGGUGGUGCACCAGCAGGACCUGCUGGCACCGGAAAGACUGAAACUACUAAAGAUAUGGGCAAGUGUCUUGGGAAGUAUGUGGUCGUUUUCAACUGCUCUGAUCAGAUGGACUACCGAGGGCUGGGUCGUAUCUACAAAGGCUUGGCACAGUCUGGAGCAUGGGGAUGUUUUGAUGAAUUCAACCGAAUUGAGCUUCCUGUGUUGUCAGUGGCUGCACAGCAAAUUUACAUAGUUUUACAGUGCAAGAAGAACAAGAAAAGCCAAUUCAUAUUUACAGAUGGGGAUGUGGUGGACAUGGAUCGAGAAUUUGGUAUAUUUUUAACUAUGAAUCCUGGCUAUGCAGGACGUCAAGAGCUCCCUGAAAAUCUGAAAGUCCAGUUCCGUACAGUUGCCAUGAUGGUACCUGAUCGUGCCAUUAUUAUGAGGGUAAAACUUGCCAGUGCUGGCUUUCGAGACAACCAAAUCCUCAGCCGUAAAUUCUACACUCUGUACAAGUUGUGUGAGGAACAGUUAUCAAAGCAGGUUCAUUAUGACUUUGGGUUGAGGAAUAUUCUCUCUGUCCUUCGUACUCUGGGAGCAGUGAAAAGAUCCAACCCCGAUGAGCCAGAGAAGACUGUUGUAAUGAGAGUUCUACGUGACAUGAACCUGUCAAAGUUGGUGGAUGAAGAUGAACCUUUGUUUAUGAGCCUGAUUAAUGACUUGUUCCCUGGUAUAACUCUGGAUAAAGCUGGUUAUCCAGAGCUGGAAGCUGCCAUUCAGAAGCAGACAGAAGAAGCCGGGCUUAUCCAUCAUCCUCCUUGGAUUCUGAAACUUAUCCAGCUGUAUGAGACACAGCGAGUCAGGCAUGGAAUGAUGACUUUGGGACCUAGUGGCGCAGGCAAAACCAAGUGCAUUAAUGUCCUAAUGAAAGCAAUGACUGACUGUGGAGCUCCUCACAAGGAAAUGAGAAUGAACCCUAAGGCUAUCACAGCCUCUCAGAUGUUUGGCACACUUGAUGUGGCCACAAAUGAUUGGACAGAUGGUAUAUUUUCAACUUUGUGGAGAAAAACAUUAAAAGCAAAGAAGGGAGAACAUAUAUGGAUUGUUUUGGAUGGUCCUGUCGAUGCUAUAUGGAUUGAGAAUUUAAAUUCUGUUUUGGAUGAUAAUAAAACUCUCACUUUAGCUAAUGGGGACCGUAUCCCAAUGGCACCCAAUUGUAAAAUUGUGUUUGAGCCUCACAACAUUGACAAUGCCUCUCCAGCCACCGUAUCUCGUAAUGGAAUGGUGUUCAUGAGUUCUUCUGUAUUAGACUGGAGGCCUGUAUUGAAAGCUUGGUUGAAAACCCUACCUGCUACUCAGCAUGAAGUCCUUUGGAACUGCUUUGACAGUGUCUUCCAGGAUUUGAUUAAUUUUGUCUUUACUGCCGUGUCUCCAAAGAUGCCUAUAUUGGAGUGCAUGUAUAUUAAGCAAGCUAUUGACCUUCUUCAGGGUCUCCUCUCCGACAAGGAGGAGAAACAGCCCAGUCAAGAACAUUUGGCUCGGCUCUUUGUAUUUGCUGUGAUGUGGUCAGUGGGAGCCGUGUUGGAACUUGAGGAUCGCAUGAAGAUGGAAACAUUUCUGCGGGACCAUUCUGCACCACUUGAGCUUCCUGCUGUUAAAGGAGAUGAAACGAUUUUUGAGUUUGUUAUUAAUGAGAGUGGACAGUGGGAGCAUUGGUCCAAAAAGGUUCCUGAAUAUGUGUAUCCAAAAGACUCGAUACCAGAAUAUGCCUCAAUUCUAGUUCCAAAUGUUGAUAAUGUCCGGACGGAUUUCCUAAUGCAUACCGUUAUGAAGCAAGGAAAAGCAGUUUUACUGAUCGGAGAACAGGGCACAGCAAAGACUGUCAUGAUCAAGGGCUACACAAGCAAAUAUGAUCCAGAAUUUCACAUCACCAAGUCGCUGAACUUCUCCUCUGCCACUCUUCCUAACAUGUUCCAGAGAAGUAUUGAAAGUUACAUAGAUAAAAGAAUGGGGACUACCUAUGGCCCUCCAGCUGGGAAGAAAAUGACCGUUUUUAUUGAUGACAUCAAUAUGCCUGUGAUUAAUGAAUGGGGGGAUCAGAUCACUAAUGAAAUUGUAAGACAACUCAUGGAGCAAAAAGGGUUUUACAAUCUGGAAAAACCAGGUGAAUUCACUAGCAUUGUUGACAUCCAGUUUGUGGCGGCUAUGAUUCACCCAGGAGGGGGUCGAAAUGACAUCCCGCAAAGACUGAAACGUCAAUUCACAGUAUUUAACUGCACCCUCCCAUCCAACUCGUCUAUUGAUAAGAUAUUCCGUACAGUGGCCGAGGGUUAUUUCUGUGAGCAAAGGGGUUUCUCUCUUGAAGUUUGCAAGCUGGCAUCAGCCCUGGUACCUACAACUCGCAAAGUAUGGCAGGCUACUAAAAUCAAGAUGCUGCCUACCCCAGCGAAAUUUCAUUACAUCUUUAACUUGCGAGAUUUGAGUCGUAUUUGGCAGGGAAUAUUAACAGUAACAUCUGACAUCUGUUGCAAUACUGACAUCAUGGUAGCGCUAUUCCAGCAUGAGUGCACACGUGUCAUAGCUGACAGGUUUAUUGACCAGAAAGACAAGGACUGGUUCGAGAGCGUGAUGCAGAAGAUUUCAACAGAGGAUCACGGACAAGAGUUGAUGCAAAGCAUGGCCAACGAGUCUUACUUUGUCGACUUUUUGCGAGAUGCUCCAGAAGCAACAGGAGAUGAACCAGAUGAUGCUGAUCUGGAAGCACCUAAAGUCUAUGAAAGUAUUCCUUCAUUUGAACAGCUCUCAGACAGGCUCAACCAGUUUCUGCAGCAGUACAAUGAAACAGUCAGAGGAGCUAGAAUGGAUUUGGUGUUUUUCAAGGAUGCAAUGAUUCACCUUGUAAAAAUAUCUCGCAUUAUCCGGACUCCUCAAGGAAAUGCACUGCUGGUUGGUGUUGGCGGAUCAGGGAAGCAGAGCUUGACUAGACUUGCUUCCUUUAUAGCAGGAUACCAGAGUUUCCAGAUUACGCUGUCAAGAACAUAUGGUACGAACAAUCUUCUUGAUGAUCUGAAGUUAUUAUACCGCACAGCAGGCCAAAAGGGAAAAGGAAUUACCUUCAUAUUUACUGACAAUGAAAUUAAGGACGAAUCCUUUUUAGAGUACAUGAAUAAUGUUCUGGCUUCAGGAGAAGUGUCCAACUUGUUUGCAAGGGAUGAGAUUGAUGAAAUCACCCAAGAUCUAGUACCGAUCAUGAAGAAAGAAUAUCCAAGACGUGCUCCAACUGCUGAAAACCUUUAUGACUACUUCCUGUCUCGUGUCCGCAGCAAUUUACAUGUCGUGCUGUGCUUCUCCCCUGUUGGAGAAAAGUUCAGAACAAGAGCUCUUAAGUUUCCUGGCCUGAUUUCUGGAUGUACCAUGGACUGGUUCCAGCGGUGGCCACGGGAUGCCUUGGUCGCUGUGGCCCAUUACUUCUUAGCUUCUUAUGAAAUAGAAUGCACAGAUGAGGUGAAGAGAAGCGUGGUGAACACAAUGGGUACAUUUCAGGAUAUAGUGGCAGAAAAGUGUGUUGAAUACUUUGAAAGAUACAGGCGUCAGACAUAUGUCACUCCAAAGUCAUAUUUGUCAUUCAUUGCUGGAUACAAAGCAAUAUAUGGAGAGAAAUUUGAAUAUGUUGGUAAUCUGUCCAAUCGCAUGAAAACAGGUCUUGCAAAAUUGAUGGAGGCUGAAGUGUCCGUCAGUCAGUUGUCAAAAGAGCUUGCAGUCAAAGAAAAAGACCUUGAUGUCGCAUCUAAAAAAGCAGAUGAGGUUCUGCAGGAGGUGACUCUGAAAGCGCAAGCUGCGGAAAAAGUAAAGAUGCAAGUGCAGAAGGUGAAAGACAAAGCCCAGGCUAUUGUGGAUGAAAUUGCAGUAGCCAAGGCAUCAGCUGAAGAGAAGCUGGAAGUGGCCAGGCCUGCCUUGGAAGAAGCUGAAGCAGCUCUGCAGACUAUCAAGCCUGCUGAUAUCUCAACUGUUCGUAAAUUGGGAAGACCCCCCCAUUUAAUUAUGAGAAUCAUGGACUGUGUCUUGCUGCUGUUUCAAAGAAAGAUUGAUCCAGUGACAGCCGACCCUGAGCGACCGUGUGUGAAACCUUCCUGGGGAGAGGCUCAAAAACUAAUGAAUAAUUCUGGAUUUCUGAACUCAUUACUAGAGUUUCGAAAGGACACGAUCACCGAAGAAAUGGUAGAACUUUUAGAGCCAUACAUAGAUAUGGAAGACUAUAACCUUGAAUCUGCCAAAAAUGUGUGUGGAAACGUGGCAGGACUGUGUUCAUGGACAAAAGCCAUGGCAUACUUCUUUGGAAUUAACAAAGAGGUUCUUCCCCUGAAGGCUAACUUGGCUCUACAAGGAGCCAAACUUGCUGUUGCCCAAGCAGAACUGAAUAAAGCACAGAGUCAGCUUGACGCCAAACAGAAAGAACUGGAUGAUGUGCAGGCCAUGUAUGAUGCUGCAAUGCGGGAGAAACAAAUGCUGCUGGAUGAUGCAGAUGCGUGCAGGAGGAAGAUGGUCAAUGCUAAAGCACUGAUUGAAGGGCUUGGAGGGGAAAAGAUACGUUGGACAGAAAGCAGUAAAAGCUUCCAGAAUCAAAUUAUUCGGCUAGUAGGGGAUGUUCUUUUGGCUACCGGCUUCCUAUCCUAUAGUGGUCCAUUUAACCAGGAGUAUCGAACUCUUCUCCUUCAAUUAUGGAAAAAGGAAAUGAAUCAUAAUAGAAUACCAUACAGUGAUGAUCUGAACCUAAUCUCUAUGCUUGUGGAUAAUGCUACAAUUGGUGAAUGGAAUCUCCAAGGACUUCCUAGUGAUGACCUCUCUAUCCAGAAUGGAAUAAUUGUUACUAAAGCAUCUCGCUUCCCUCUUCUGAUAGACCCACAAGGUCAGGGUAAAAUCUGGAUUAAAAAUAAAGAGAAGAACAAUGAGUUACAGGUGACAUCGCUGAAUCACAAGUAUUUCAGGACCCACUUGGAGGAUAGCCUUUCCCUAGGAAGACCACUCAUGAUAGAAGAUGUUGAAGAAGAACUUGACCCAGCACUUGACAAUGUUUUGGAGAAAAACUUUAUUAAGUCUGGAUCUACAUUCAAAGUAAAAGUUGGUGAUAAGGAAGUUGAUGUUAUGAAAGGAUUUACUCUUUACAUUACAACUAAACUGGCCAACCCAGCCUAUACACCUGAAAUCAGUGCAAAAACGGCAGUCAUUGAUUUCACUGUUACCAUGAAAGGUUUAGAAGACCAGCUUCUUGGACGUGUGAUCUUGACUGAAAAGCAGGAGCUAGAAGCUGAGAGGGUCAAGCUAAUGGAAGAAGUGACUUCAAACAAGAGGAAAAUGCAGGAGCUCGAGGACAAUCUGUUAUUCCGCCUUACCAGCACACAAGGUUCUCUUGUAGAAGAUGAGUCUCUAAUCGAGGUUCUUAGGAUUACAAAAACCACAGCAGAGGAGGUCAGUGAGAAGCUGACGAUUGCAGCAGAAACAGAGUUGAAGAUUAAUACAGCUCGAGAGGAGUAUCGCCCUGUAGCAACGCGUGGCAGCAUCCUCUACUUCCUUAUUGUGGAAAUGAGCCUAGUGAAUGUAAUGUAUCAGACAUCACUCCGCCAGUUUCUGGGUAUCUUCGACUUGUCGAUGGAAAGGUCGGUGAAAUCUCAACUGACUGCCAAGAGAAUUGCAAACAUCAUUGAGUACCUUACCUUUGAAGUGUUUAAAUACACUGCUCAAGGCCUGUAUGAAGACCACAAGUUUCUGUUCUCUUUGCUCAUGGCAUUAAAGAUAGACCUGCAAGCUAAGAAAAUCUCUCACAAUGAAUUCCAGACUUUCAUUAAAGGUGGUGCAACAUUAGAUCUGAAUUCUGUGGAGCCAAAACCGAAAAAAUGGAUACUUGAUAUGACCUGGCUCAAUCUAGUGCAGUUAUCUAAUUUGCCACCUUUUAAUAACCUCCUUGGACAGGUGUCUAGGAAUGAGAAAGCAUGGAAGAUCUGGUUUGAUGAGGAAGCCCCAGAAGAGGCAACAUUACCAGAUGGAUAUGAUGGCCUAUUAGAUACUUUUAGAAAGUUGCUUCUUAUUCGAAGCUGGUGUCCUGAUCGUACUAUCGCACAGGCUAGACAUUACAUAGCGGAAUCUCUAGGUGUAAGAUAUGCUGAAGGUUUUAUUCUUGAUAUGGAAGCCAUGUGGUCUGAAAGUGAUUGCCGAACCCCUCUGAUCUGCUUCCUGUCCAUGGGCUCAGAUCCCACAGAAAACAUUGAUCGCCUGGCCAAGUCCAAGAAUGCUCCGUGUCGUGCCAUUUCUAUGGGCCAGGGGCAAGAGGUUCAUGCAAGACGUCUUCUAAGUCAGUCCAUGCAAGAUGGUGGAUGGUUACUCCUUCAGAACUGUCAUUUAGGACUGGACUUCAUGGAUGAAUUACUGGAUACAAUUACUGUCACAGAAACUGUACAUGAAGGUUUCAGAACAUGGAUCACCACAGAAGUUCACCCCAAAUUUCCUAUAAAUUUGCUACAGUCAUCAAUAAAAUUUACUAAUGAACCACCUCAAGGUGUAAAGGCAGGAUUGAAGAGGACAUAUUCUGGGGUUUCUCAGGAACUACUGGAUGUAACCAAUGUGCCACAGUGGAAACCACUGCUCUAUGCAGUUGCUUUUCUCCAUACAACAGUGCAGGAAAGAAGAAAGUUUGGUCCUCUAGGAUGGAACAUCCCGUAUGAAUUUAACCAAGCAGAUUUUGCCGCCAGUGUGCAAUUUGUCCAGAACCAUUUGGAUGACAUAGGCACCAAACGUCCAGUGAACUGGAACUGCCUGCGCUAUAUGCUGGGAGAAGUGCAGUACGGUGGUCGUGUCACCGAUGAUCUUGAUAAGACAUUGCUUAACACGUUUGCUACAGUUUGGUUUGGAGAGCACAUGUUUUCUGACAAAUUCUGUUUCUAUAAAGGCUAUGGAAUACCUAAGGGUAAAACAGUUGAUGAGUUUCUCCAGCAUAUAGAGCAGUUGCCAAUGGUGGACACACCACAAGUGUUUGGAUUGCACCCGAAUGCAGACAUAACCUACCAAACAAACAUGGCAAAUGAGACUCUAAGCACAAUAGUCAAUAUUCAGCCGAAGGACAGUGGGGGAGGAGCAGGAGAGACCAGAGAGACUAUUGUCCAACGUCUUGCAGAUGAGAUGUUGGAGAAAUUACCAGAGGACUACAUUCCACAUGAGGUUAAAGCUCGACUCCAGAAGAUGGGCCCCAUUCAACCAAUGAAUAUAUUCCUGCGGCAAGAGAUUGAUCGCAUGCAGCGGGUGAUUGCAAGAGUCAGGAGUACGCUUACUGACCUUAAACUGGCAAUUGAUGGAACCAUCAUUAUGUCCGAAGACUUGCGAGAUGCUUUAGACAACAUGUAUGAUGCUAGGAUUCCUAAACUCUGGUACAAGAUUUCCUGGGAUUCUGCCACAUUAGGUUUUUGGUUUACAGAGCUGUUGGAAAGAAAUCAGCAGUUCCGAAGCUGGUUAUUUGAUGGCCGCCCAAAUCAAUUCUGGAUGACAGGGUUUUUUAAUCCACAGGGUUUUCUGACUGCUAUGAGACAGGAAACAACCCGAAUGAAUUUGUCAAAAGGCUGGGCUUUAGACAGUGUGAUUUUACAUAAUGAUGUCACCAAAUUGAUGAAAGAAGAUGUCACUGCCCCUCCUCCAGCUGACAUCGGGGGCGUGUACAUUUAUGGAUUGUUCCUUGAUGGCGCUGGAUGGGACCGCAGAAACACUAAGCUUGUUGAGGCUCAACCAAAGGUACUGUUCACCAAUCUGCCUGUAGUUCAUGUCUAUGCAAUAAGUACCACCGGUCCUUCAGAUGCCAAGAAACAACUGAGUAGCCUUUACUCAUGCCCAGUGUACAAGAAGCCACGUAGGACUGACCUGACAUAUGUUUUCUCCUUGUACCUGAGAACCGUGUUUGUGCCUGACCACUGGACAAUGAGAGGCGUCGCUCUACUUUGUGAUAACAAGUAAAUGAUCAUAAGUGCCUUUCCUAGACAGUUGGGAGCAUGAAUGUCCCUGCACUCUAGCACUUUGUAACAUAACACGAUAUAGUAGGAUUAUAAUAAAAUGUUAACCUUACACCAAAUGAAAAAGACUGAUUCAGCAUAUCUUAGCAUUUCUGCUGUGCUUAGUAAGUGCCUUGUGUAAUGGAUAUUUCUAUUGCUUUCAUUACAUUUUACAAUAACUUAACAUUAAUUAUUUUCCAGAAAACAUUCAUCCCAAUCAUAGAUGUGUUCAUUGGAAUGUGAUCUGAUGUGAUAUUUAAUAAAUAUUGAUUUUGACGAA